UGCUGGGCGGGUAAUCCCGAGCGGGCUGCGGGGCUGCCACCCUCCGUCCGAUCCAGCCCGAGCCUGUCCUGAGAGGCCCGCGCGGCAUGUCCCCUCGGUGCCGCGUCCUACCAGGGCCAACCUCCGCCGAGAGAAGGGCCCUGGACACUGGGUGUUCAUAGGAAUGGAAGCACUGUUUCCUUGCCAGAUUCCAUAUCACUCUAUCUCAUGAACCUUUGUAAUCCUGGGGAAGUGCCUGUGUCUAAGGAUGACAAACCUGUCACUGGUGUAGCAACAGCAGUCUGAGGGGAAGAAACAACAACAACAAAAAAACGAAAAUAAAGAAGCGUUUACAUUUGUAUUCAACAAAGAAGUCAUUUCAACCGACAACCUCUGUUGCACUGUGUUUCCAAGAUGAACCGAUACACAACCAUGAGACAGCUGGGGGACGGCACCUAUGGGAGCGUGCUGAUGGGCAAGAGUAACGAAUCUGGGGAGCUGGUGGCCAUCAAAAGAAUGAAGAGAAAGUUCUAUUCUUGGGAUGAAUGUAUGAACUUGAGAGAAGUUAAGUCUCUGAAGAAACUCAAUCAUGCCAAUGUGAUUAAACUUAAAGAAGUUAUCAGAGAAAAUGACCAUCUCUAUUUUAUAUUUGAAUAUAUGAAAGAAAACCUCUAUCAAUUAAUGAAAGACAGAAACAAGCUGUUCCCUGAGUCAGUCAUCAGAAAUAUUAUGUAUCAAAUAUUGCAGGGGCUGGCAUUUAUCCAUAAACAUGGUUUUUUUCAUAGGGAUAUGAAACCAGAAAACUUGCUUUGUAUGGGUCCAGAACUUGUGAAAAUUGCUGAUUUUGGACUUGCAAGAGAAUUAAGAUCACAGCCACCAUAUACUGAUUAUGUAUCUACCAGAUGGUAUCGUGCCCCUGAAGUUUUAUUAAGAUCUUCAGUGUACAGCUCUCCCAUUGAUAUAUGGGCUGUUGGGAGUAUAAUGGCUGAACUAUAUACAUUAAGACCACUUUUCCCAGGGACAAGUGAGGUCGAUGAAAUCUUUAAGAUUUGCCAAGUUUUAGGGACUCCCAAAAAAAGUGACUGGCCAGAAGGGUACCAGCUUGCAUCCUCUAUGAACUUCCGUUUUCCCCAGUGUGUUCCUAUAAACCUAAAAACUCUUAUUCCCAAUGCCAGUAAUGAAGCGAUUCAGCUUAUGACUGAAAUGUUGAAUUGGGAUCCGAAGAAGCGACCAACAGCAAGUCAGGCAUUGAAACACUCGUAUUUUCAAGUUGGUCAAGUACUAGGCCCUUCCUCACAUCAUCUGGAAUCGAAACAAUCUUUAAAUAAGCAGGUGCAACCACUAGAAUCAAAGCCAUCUUUAGGGGAUCUAGAAUUGAAGCCCCUGCCAGACAUAAAUGAGCAGACGGUCAGACAGCCCCAACCGAAGAACAGCCACCAGCCACUGGAGUCCAUCCAGCCGCCCCAGAACACGAGUGUCCAGCCAGCGCCAAAGCAGCCAGGACAGCAGAAACAGCCGCAAACACUGUUUCCAAGUAUUGUCCAAACCAUGCCGACCAAGCCAAAUGGCACACUGGGUCAUAAAAGUGCUAGGAGGCGUUGGGGUCAGACUGUGUUCAAGUCUGGAGAUAGCUGGGAAGAAUUUGAGGACUGCGAUCUCGGAGCCUCCCAUUCCAAGAAGCCAAGCAUGAACAUAUUUAAAGAAAAGAGGAAAAAAGAUUCUCCAUUUCGGCUUCCAGACUCCAUCCCCUCCGGCUCCUACCACUCCGCAGGGGAAAACAAGAGCUUACCUGCUGCUUUUCCCCUAAAAUCUGAUCCUGAACUGUCAACGGCCUCAACAGCUAAACAGUACUACUUGAGGCAAUCAAGAUACCUUCCAGGUGUAAAUCCCAAGAAUGUGUCCUUGGUAGCCAGUGGAAAGGAUAUAAACCCAUAUACUUGGAGUAAUCAGUUAUUUCCUAAGUCAUUGGGACACGUGGGGGCAGAACUUGCUUUCAAAAGGAGUAAUGCAGAGGAAAGCAUAAUUAAACCAAUUGAAAAACUAUCAUGCAAUGAAAGUUUUCCUGAAAAAUUAGAGGACCCACAAGGAAAUCUUGGAAGCUUUGCUACUUACAAUCAGUCAGGAUAUAUUCCUUCCUUUCUCAAAAAAGAAGUGGGCUCAGCUGGCCAGAGGAUACACUUAGCACCUCUCAGUGCAACAACGUCAGAAUAUACCUGGAACACAAAACCUGGUCGGGGGCAGUUUUCAGGACGUACUUACAAUCCUACAGCCAAGAAUCUAAAUAUUGUGAACCGUGCACAGCCGGUUCCCUCCGUGCAUGGAAGGACAGACUGGGUGGCUAAGUAUGGCGGCCACCGGUAGGAGUCUCGUGUGAAGCCCCGCAGCACUGCUCCAAGGAACCCUGCAAGUCCCCUGACCCUAGGAAAUGUCUACAGAUGUCAUGUCUAUUUCUACUGAGUUCUGGAAGAAAUAUGCAGUAGUGGGUACUUUGAAGAGCAAAAACCACCUAUUUUCUUUCCUAGAAAUGAAAUGCAUAUUCUUAGGAUUGGUUGCCCACAGUGCUGAUAUACGGGUAGGACUUUACAAAGUGUUGAAUAAACUAUUUGCCAAAGUAUCAAGUAUUUGAUCUACAAAUUAAUAGUUACUAAGUAUGAUAAGAAUCUUUUUUUUAAAAAAAGGCCUUCAGAAAGUGUUUAGAGUGUUUUAUCUGUUUUUGCUAAACUAAUUUAAAAUUUUCUCAGUUGGCCUCAAAGGAUUGUUUUUUUAAUAGCAAUUAGGUGGACUUCUGGGGGCUGUCAGUUAUGGUUCUUAUCUGGCUAAGGCUCUACCCUACCAGUUUGGCAAUGGCAAAAGACGCUCAUUUAUCAUAUGCUUUUCUACUUUGAAAUUAUGGAAGCGAUGGUUAAUUCCAUCUUGAGCAGGAUAUCUUUCCCAGGAAUAAAUUUAUCUUUAAUAAUAAAGAUCUCAAAAUUAUGUCACCCAAUUUUAGUGGAGAGUCUGUUGUUUGAUUUUGACCAACACAACUCCCAUGAAUUCACGGUGACUAUCAAACCCAAUGGCUUGAAGACUCCCAGAUCAACCAAGUCAAGGUUCUCUCAUCUUCACAUCAUUAAGAAAGUUCUUGAAACUGUGAUGUAUGUUCACCAUACUUUCAAAGUUUUUUUCAUAUAUUUCAUAUAUUCAUAUAUAUUUGAAAGUUCACUUUCAAAAUACUUUGCUUCCAUGUUCCUACUAGACACAAAAAUGAGGUGUGCCAGCUUGUCCCCCAAAGCAAACUGUUGCUGCUGCAGAUCACUGACCUGGCUCUGACCUUGACAUUAACUCUGAAGAGCAAAUGCAUUCAGUUGCUAUAGCAGUGAUUUCACUUAGUACAAUUUUUUUUUCCUUUAAUUUCUAAACUGGCACUUAAAAUACACAUUUUGAACUAGGGACUACUCUAUUUAAACCUGCCAUUUUAUGGACUGGACAUUAGUACUGUAUAUUCUUUUUAAAGAAUAAUAAUGUUAUCAACUGCUAUUUUUAUGUAUUUUCUGACUUUGUAACAAAUCCUAAUGUAAUUGGUAUCAUCUUGUGGACAUUAUCCAAAGACAUCAUAAAAUGAUAGUAAUAUGGUAUUUUUGUAUAGAAGAUGCAGCUCACCUUGUUGAAAAAUGUUAAAAUCUGAAGAGUUAUUUAUGUUGAUGGUAAUGGUUAUAUAUAUUUGUACAGUUCUAAUUAAUGUCUCAAAGCUAAAAAAUUAUUUUGUGUUACUGGGAAGCUUUUAUACUUCUCAAGAGAUAUUAAAA